AUCUGGAACUUAUGUAUAGCGCUGUUUAUAUUUGCCUCUUUCUUCACUUUCGUCGCACGGGGCCGACCGUGCGGUCCCCAGCCGGCUGCAUACGGCCACCUCCAGACGCUCGCCAACCUCGUGGACGAAUGGUCGCCUGUGAUGUGGUGGGGACACAAGGAGGACGGAAUCCCGUAUUGUCAUGCUGGGACAAGUGAUCACCCGCUACCGGAUGUGAAGAUGGACUGUGUUUAUGCUAGUUCUGGUGCUGGGCCUCUUGUACCUUUCUCGUGAGAGAGGAACUAUAUCCAUGUCAGGCUGGCCAUGCAUUCACGGUGCACACAACCAGCCAUGCCGUUGAACGAUACACGUUCAAUUUUUAUGCUGCUUGUUGCAUUGUGGGUAGUUCGUCUUGUUCUCAUGCCAUUCAUAUCUGGGACAACUUUUGGCGGAGACACGUUAGAUUCGACCUUCAAGCAAUUGCUGAAUCGUUGUGAUUCUUUUUUUUCCGAUUUUAUGUCUAUUCAACAUGAGACUAUUCAGGACUGUCCCAGUACCUUAUCUAGUCUUGGAGCAUUAUGAUUUUGGUCGAUGAUC